AUGGCCACCACUUUUUCGAUCUCGCAAAUUGGCCGGAUCGUUCUCGUUCUCUAUCAAUAUCGAAUUCUCAAUGUGACAGGCAUCAUUUGGUCGGAUCUCCCGUUGAUCAUCGCUUCCACUUGGCGUCUAUUCGUGUAUUGCUGUGCCGUUUGUCUUCUGGCGUCUGUCGUCUCUGAGCGUAUUUAUGCCACCUAUUUCAUCGUCGACUAUGAGAAAAAAAGGCGCAUUUGGUUGGAAAUAGCUCAUCUCGCUUUCUCGAUCAUUCCCUCAGCGGCUACGGCUUGGCUGUUCACGUCGUUCAGCAUACACUACAAGUUCUAUGUUUUCGCAUGCGCAAUUGCAGCAGUGAUUUGCGGAAUUUUGUGGCAAUCGAUGACAUUUUUUGUGUUGUUUUACUAUAAUCGUCGCAAGCUGAAAUCACUUUUGCAAACAUUUGAGCAAAGGAAAUAUUCGUUGAGUGUCCGUUUUCAAUACGAGGAAAACAUUCGAGCGUUUGAGCUAUUAAAACCGGCAAUUGUCAUUCACGGGGUUUUCUGUAUUUUCGCGAUGACUGCUUACUCGUUGCCGAUCCUUUUCUAUCCAAUGGGCGCUCCAGAGAUCGAAUUAUCAAUUUGUAUCUUCGAAGGGAUCGCAAAUAUCUAUGUGAUUGGUCUUUUACUUGGCAUGAUUCAUCGACAACCGAUUUGGCGUCGGAAAUUCGUCCAAAAGCUCUCAUUCAUCAGGCGAAGUGUUGUUGAGCAAGAGGAAAUUGUAAAACAUUUUCGGAAACCUGAAGAAACAGAGAUUUACUUUCGACAACUGAGAAAUUCUUGGUCAAAA